AUGGAUGAGCAGUCGAUGACCUCCGAUCCGUACAUAAAAAUGACCAUCCUUCCGGAGAAAAAACACAAGGUUAAAACACGAGUCCUCCGGAAGACCCUUGACCCAGCGUUCGAUGAGACAUUUACGUUUUAUGGAAUUCCUUACAGUCAGGUGCAAGAUUUGGUCCUCCACUUCAUAAUCCUGAGCUUUGAUAGGUUCUCCAGGGAUGACGUCAUUGGGGAGGUCUACUUUCCUCUAUCGGGAAUUGAGCUGUCGGAUGGAAGAGUGUUGAUGAACAGGGAGAUCAAUAAAAGGAAUGUCCGGAAGUCGGCCGGACGCGGAGAAUUGCUGAUCUCUCUCUGUUACCAGUCUACUACAAACACCUUAACAGUGGUGGUGCUGAAGGCGCGUCACCUCCCCAAAGCUGACACGUCAGGAUUGUCAGGUACUCCUUCAUUUUAUUUUAUGAGUUUGGGUAUUCUUAUAUUGGCACGUCAUUUGUAUUCAGAUUUUUCAGAGUUCUUUUUUUUUUCUGAAAUGUGUGUAUCACCUACUUGUUGGAGAUGA